AUGACUCUUAGUCACUGGAUCUGGCAGGCCCUGCAGGAUAGUAGUCACUAUGACCAUGAAUCAUCCAGUAGUUUCAGAUCUACAAUGAACAUCUCCGCUCCAGACGAUCUCCACGAGGAGAAGAAAGUGGGAGUUACACGCCUAAUACGAGAAAGAUUGAAUUUUCAGGAUGAUCGGCUCUGGAAGCGAUUCUCGGCCCGUAGAUUAGAACUAAUCGAUGCAAUGGAUUUGAGCUCGAAAAAGGCAAGCGAGCAGGAGGACGAAAUCCGUAAAGUUGCAGACAUACUACGAGUGGAGUUCUUAUAUGGUCAACUGUACUAUUCCGACUUCGAUAAACUUGUUCGUGCGGCUGUACAGAGUGUUCGUCGUAAUAGGAAGAGAGGCCUGAAAACCAAUCGGGGAAAUGCGAAAAGACAACAUAUGCAUAGUGAUCUGGGUCAGGAUAGUGAUGGAAUUAAACGUGAGGCAUCCACUGGCAUCAACACUCCAACAGAGCCCAGUAGCUUCUUGUCUGAGAUUGCCCAUUUGAACACUGAUGCCAAUGAUUCUGUCUAUGACAUGAGUUACUCCACCAUGAAGGUUAUCACACACAAAGACGAAUCGCGCAAUGCAAUUGACUCGAUAAUUCGGCCAACAUUAGCAAAUGCAGCGAAACCGUCGCUUCCAUCGCUUCUGAAACUACAGACCAACCAGCGGCAGGCUGAGUAUGAACAGAAGCUCCGAAUCACCCAAAACUCGCUUCUUCAGCUAAUAAAGCGGUCUAAGCUGUGCUUGAUGGUCGCCCUGCGGCCUAAUAAUGACCACCUCUGCGAAUUGGGUCGUUCGGCGUUCAACGCAGUCACUGCCCUAAUGUUUGAGACCUCUUUUCAAAAUUUAAACCAAACUUCGGUAGAGUACUUAAAGGUAAAGGUGACACAACGUGACUUCUUGGCUAAAUUCUAUCGCGGCCUAGAUCAAGAAGCUACCAGUAAUUUAGAGGAGGAAACUGCAGUUACCACUUUAGAUAUCCUUAUCGGAUGCUGUAUCAUUGACUUUGGAUUCGACAGCGUCGUCUAUCAAGUCGGCGAAGCAAUGUACUAUCUGAUUUUGGUUGAGUACCCAUUAGUUCUGAAGUCUUCAACCCAAUUCUACGCGAAACCUUUUUCACACAGGGAAUACAACAACAUACAAACGCCCCAACCAUACAAUAGCGGCAACUCUUUGACAAAUUUAGCAACUAUAGCCUCUGAAAUGCAAAACUUCAAACCAGUUUCAAUGUCAAAUGCUCAAAUGAGCAAAACUGGAAGUUCUCUUGACGCUCCCAUACAAGAAAACGCGCCUCCUUGUAUCACUCCAGCUGAGGAACGGAAGUCAGUCACUCUCAGGUUUCUUUCCACCACUUUCAAUUUUUUUUAUCCGAUCCGAAGCUGUGCACCUCCCAGGUUUGUGGAGCUUAUGGAUAACGCUAAAGAGGCGUUCAAAUUGAAUGAAAACCAAUUGUAUGGUCUCAAAAACACGAAAACAGGAUCUAUCAUUCUGUCGGAUUUUGAAUUGGAGAAAAUCUUCUACAAAGAAUCGUUUGUCGAUCUUGAAUUGUACUCGCAAGGGUUUCAAGCCAUUCCAAUUUACGAGCUCACCUCUACCAUAACUCCAUCUGAAGAGAAAUCUAGAAUAAUAUUACCGCCUCCAGUCAAACUGGCGAGCCCACCAGUGGUGGCCACAAGCAUCAAACAACCGAUCUCUGUUUACCGUGCACCCAACCAACCUAAGUUCCAACCGCUCCUUUAA